AUAGGGUUUUGUCAUUAUAGGUCGUGUAGUAGCAUUCUACGUCUCUCCUUUUGGUUUGUCUCUUUAACUUGUGUGCUUGGGUGUCAUGAAGUCACGUGAACUCCUUUCAGGCCUCUCUUUCCUCAGACUCUUUAAAAGAGAUUUACCUUCACACUGAUUAGUCCCCUUUAGACCCUCUUUUCCACAUCUCGUCCUUCUUUGCAGGACAACAACAACAACAAGACUCUUAUUUGCUUUGCUUGGUUUCUCUAUCUGUCUGUCUGUCUGUCUGUCUCUCUCCCCCCUUUCUCUCUCUAGUUCUCUUCCUCCAUGAAUCCAGUUUAUCUGAUUAAUCCUCCACUACCCUCUCCAUUUCCUCUUGUAGAACCCAAUGAUGAUCGACACCUUCAAUUCUUUACUCCAUCGUCUGAUCAAGCUUCUUCUUCUUCUCUCUCAAAUUUUAUUUUCUCCAACCUAGCUCAAGAGCAAGGAGUAAGUUAUGAUAGAGAACAACAACAACAACAACAACAACAACAAGAGGCCAUCAAGUGUGUUUUACAAGUCAGAUCAAGUGAUCAUCAUGAGUUCCUUGAAUCUCCUUCACUUCCAACAGUGGAGAAUGGACUUACAAAUGAUCAUAGAGAAGACUAUCAAAAUAAUGGUGGAUCAGUUAAGUGGAUGUCCUCUAAGAUGAGAUUGAUCAGGAAGAUGACGGAUUCCGAUCGAACUGGUGCAGAUAAACAAGUGGAAAAUAAACACAAGUUUGAAGAUCAUCUGAGGCCACCAUCACCACCUUUAGACACAGACAACAGCAGCAACAGUUCCUCUAACAACUGCAACAACAACAACAACAGCAACACAAUUAGGGUUUGCAGUGACUGUUACACUACCAAGACCCCUCUUUGGAGGAGUGGCCCAAGAGGACCCAAGUCACUUUGCAACGCCUGUGGAAUUCGACAAAGGAAAGCAAGACGAGCCAUGGCGGCGGCGGCGGCGGCGGCGGAAGCAGCAAGCAGCGGAGUUCUUAGGAAUGAGACAACAUCUAUGAGGACAAAGGUGCAAAAGGAGAAGAGAACAGACAAAGGGUACGUCCAGCAAUACAAGAAACGGUGCAAACACACCAGCCCUAGUAGCAGAAAGAAUGAGCUUUGUUUUGAAGAUUUCACUAUCAAUUUGAGUAAGAAUUUGGCUUUCCACCAAGUGUUUCCACAAGAUGAGAAGGAAGCUGCGAUCCUGCUAAUGGCGCUAUCUUGUGGUCUUGUUCAUAGUUGAAUACUUGAAUCACUUCACCCACCCUACCUUCCCUCCUAUUUGUUGGGUUUGAGGAACUUGUAUUGCUUUAGCUUAUUAGCUAUGAUAGAACUAAUGUGUGUGUGUGUGUGUGUAGUCAUUGUGGUAGAGAGAGAUUGGAGUUAUAAGAUGGAACAUUAAGAUCAGGUGAGGUACCAAAACCAAUAGGAGUGUGACUUUUUCCUCUUCUUUUUGCUUAGUGAUCUCUUGAGUCUGUGGCAGCAGUGUGGUGAUCAAGUUAUUGUUUCUUGUUCAUCAUGAAUAGGUAAUUUGAAUAGAGAAAGUAAUAAAAUUUCUAGGGUUUCUUAGCUGCA